ACGCUGCCAAGAGUCUAUUGUUCUCACUGUGCUGCAGCCCCACCAGUCGCCCAAGUCUGCCUUCAUAAGUGCAGCCAAAAAGGCCCAACUGCGAACCAACCCGCCAAAAGUGCGCUUCUCCGAGCAAGUGACCAUCAGCGACCCGGACUCAACAAUGCUCAAGGACGAAUCCCUGCUACUCAUACCAAACGUGCUGAAGGUCUUCCUGGAGAAUGGACAGAUCAAAUCCUUUACAUUUGAUAGCCGUACAACUGUAAGGGAUGUGAUGUCAUCCCUGCAGGACCGCCUCUCUCUUCGCUACAUCGAGCACUUUGCGCUGGCGCUGGAGGCAGGGGGGGUGGAGCAGAACCAGCGGCUGCAUCUGCUGCAGGAGAAUCAGCCUCUGUCACACGUGGUGCAUAGGACUUACUUCCAGGGGAUGAAGUGUCUGUUCCGCAUCUGCUUCUUCCCCAAGGACCCUGCAGACCUGCUCAGGAGGGACCCGGCCGCGUUUGAGUACCUCUAUAUACAGAGUCGCAAUGACGUCAUCAAGGAGCGCUUUGGAAUGGACUGGAAGUCGGACAUCACAUUGCGAUUGGCAGCCCUCCAUAUCUACAUCACUGUGUCCUCAGCUCGGCCCAAUCAGAAGAUUUCCCUCAAGCAUGUGGAGAAAGAGUGGGGUCUGGAGCCCUUCCUUCCCCUCACGCUGUUGCCCACUGUGAAGGAAAAGAAUGUCUGCAAGAGCUUAUCUCAGCUGCUCAAGACCUAUCAGCAUCCACCGCCAUCAGGAAACAAGGUUCCCCCACUCCAGGGGAAGUUGCAGUACAUGCGAGUUCUCAAUGACCUUCCACCUUUCGGCGGAUUGCUGUUUCACACUGUUGGACUGGAUGAGAAGCAGUCGGCCACCACUCUGCUGGUGGGCCCCCGUCAUGGGAUCAGCCACGUCAUCGACCUCAAGAACAAUCUGACCACGGUGCUCUCCGAGUUUAGCCGCGUGUCCAAGGUCCAGCUCCAUCGAGAGAACCAGGGCGUGGCCCGGGUGGAGGUGUCCAUCCACGAGGCAAAGCCCCUGGUGCUGCUGAUGGAGUGGCCCGAAGCCAGCAACUUUGCCUGUCUCAUAUCUGGCUACUACAAGCUGUUUGUAGACCCCAAGCGGACCAUCUACUUCCGCGCACCUGGUCACUCCCACCUGACCAAAGCAGAUUACAGAGGCUCUCACCAUGCCCAUCCACGCUCAGCAGCCUCUGGCUCAUCCAGCUCAGGGCGACGGGGAGAGGAACGGGACGGUUCGCACAGGGAUCCAGGGCCCUCCAGGGCCCUAGUGCCUGCAGAGCCCCAGCACCUGGGCCUGUGUCACGUCCACCUCCGGGAACAGCGGCAGAUGCAGGAAAUCCAGACGCAGGCUGAAGCUGACAUGGACAUCAAUGAGAACUUCCUUUCCCAGGAUGCCACAGAGAGGCCGCGCACUAAGUCUGACCCAACCCUGCAGAGCUCGGAGGAAAUCGCUGGAGCUGUGGAGAAUGCCGUACUAGAUAAUUCCUCUUUUAGAAUCCGAGCUCAAACGAUGAGCCAAUCGCAGAAAGCCAUGAGAUACUUCUGUGACUCGUGCAAAGCUCGGCUUAGAGCAGAGGGCCUGUCACCUGUAUUAAAUGGUUGCGGCAGCUCUGGGAAGCACUGCUCCUCCGCCUGCGCGUCCAGGGACGGGGGUGGGGCUGUUGACCUCAUGGCUAUUCCUCCGCCAGGAAACGAAGAGGAGGAUGAGGAAGCAGACCUCGGAGCGGGGAAGCUGCAACCCCCAACAUCUGCUAUCGCCGCCCCGCCUCCGGGGUUUAGAGACAACAGUUCAGAUGAGGACGACGCUAAAAGAGGAAAGAAGAAACGUGCUACGCCCAGUCCGGCCGUUGCCCCCCCUGGGAAGGUGGCCAAGGCCAAGGAAGACGUGCCUGUUACACUGAUUGAUAACGUGGCCACCAGAACAGUGCGGGAUCAUGCCCAGGAGCUUGAUGAUGCUCUCGUUUCCACUUUGCAAGCCCUAGAAGCUUUGGCAGCUUCUGAAGACUACCCCCAUCACCCCCAGCAGCCCACGCAGACUGCAGGACUGAUCGUGCUAGCCGCCAUUACACCCGAGUCUUCUUUGGACUCGGGCCAUGAGACAAACUCCUCAGAGUUGACGGACGUCUCUGAGAUGAUGUCUGCCAUGAAGCAGCAUCAGAACCAAGCUUAUCUACUGGCUCAUCAUAUUAACAAGGAGCGUAUCUUUUGCCGGCGGGACUUCCCUCUGGCCAUUCCCGGCUGUACAGCUCAAACCAUAGGGACUGGGGCUUUCUCUGUGGGUCAAAUCCGUGGUGGAUGCCCUCCUAAACAAGUGAUUCUCAGCAAGACUGUACCUUUAAAAGUCAAUCCAAGUCAAAAGACGUCAGAGCUUAGUGUUGUUGGGGAACCGGUAAGCGCUCGAAAACCUAGUCCAAGUGAGUCAAAGACUGAAGAGCUGAAAUCAAAAGAGGAAUCCACCAAAGGACAUUCUGCUGAGCCACCUUCUAAGUCAGCCAGAGAACCCAAAGUGUCAGAUCCACCAUCUCAAGUCCAAGGGAGUAAGGAUCAGAUGUUAUCCAAUUUGGCGGUGGAAAAAAAGAGUCACAAGAUUCCUGAAAGCAUCAAGGGUAAAGUAACUGCACCUACGAGUAAUGAAUCCACCGCCAAAGCCUUACCUAUCCUUUUUACUGUGGACAUAAAUGCCUCCAACCAGAACUCCCUAAAAAACAUGUGCCAGGAUGCCAAGACUGCCUGUAGUGAGACCAUUAAGCCUUCAAGCUCUAAAGAACUUCUACCAAUCGAUGAUCUUUUCUGCACAUGCCCAGUACGGGCGGAGCCUGGGCCUCAGCUCAGAGUCAAAGAUCCACACAUUCAGAAGAUGGUAGUAUUUCAAUCCUCAUCCCCCACAGAUGAUGAACGUCUACAGGCCAAGGUUCUGCAGCUGACGAAUAGCAAAGAUGUGUCAGUACGGCUGGGAGGAGCAGACCCCAUUUUGGCUAAAUGCAGCCCUAAGGUCCAAACAAAGUACUCCCCUCACAAGCCAGUGAAAGCAGAGACGUGUGACAAAAAAACAGCAGCAGAGGAUAAAGCAGAGGGGUCCCAGAGCAAAGCACAUCCUGAACAACAGAAAUGUCCCCCGCAAAAGUCUUUACCUAUUUUGGAUGACCCGACACAACCCAGCUCCUCUUUAGACAAGGUCUCCACCCUACCAGCCAGUGACUCAAAGAAGCCGAGCAGUGGUAAGGGGAAGUCACAUCGUAGUGCCCCAUUCCUAAGCUUUAGAAGCCUGCUGUCAGCGACAUUCCCAGCAAGAAUGCGGCGGGAGACGGACGAGCGAAGGGCUCAGCUGCAGAAGGUCCGGCAGUAUGAGCUGGAGUUUCUAGAAGAGCUUUUGAAGCCCAAGUCGUCCCAAGCAGAGUAUCUGCCCCAGGGGUCCUCACCUGUACCUUCAGGUACACCCUGCGCAUGUCAACUUCGCACCAGUCCCGUUUUGAAGGCCCCAGGUAUCUCUCGGGAGCAACGUCGCAGUUGUGACUGCAAGAGAAUGUGCAGAGGCAUGCGUCUCCCUGACACGCCGGUCGGCUCCACAACAGAAAUAUCCCAAAGAGGCAGAGAGAGGAACGCCUCCAAAACCCCCCCUGCGGUCUCAAAAGCCCCUCACAGUCAAGGCAGUACACGGAGGCCGCAGACCCUAGAGCUGAAGACCACCAGAAUCCGCUCUACCAGCCUCGAGUCUAGAGAGCCCAGAGGGGAGCAGGCGUCCUGCUUGCCUACCUGCACCUCUCAAACAGACUGCAUGGGAGCACCACAGUAUAAGAAGCUUCAGAGGCGCUACAGCAUUGGAGAGGUGGACAACAGCUCCAGCACACCCGUAUAUGCUGAGGUCAAACCAAAAGCAAAAAGUCUUGAGAAGGAAAUGGAAAGAGUGAGGGCCACAGGACUGAGGCUUCCGACGCCUAUUGAGCCUGUCCACGCCCAAGCUCACCAAGCAGAGGGGAAGGGGAAAAAGGGUGUGUUCUUCAUUCAGGGUGAGGAGCUUUUACGUGAAAGUAGAGAAGGGCCUAAUGAGGUGCUACUCACCAUACCAAGUGAAGAUAGUGACGAUAGGGAAAAGUGUUGUUCAUUCUGUUUCUGCUACAGAAAAUGUGAGGCAGCAGAUGAAAGCAGUGAGAAGGAUGAGCUCUCAUACUCUAUCCCCCUUCAGAUUCUACCAGGAAUGCAGAUUGAUUCACGCAGCCUACCCAUAGUCAGCAAAACUCUCCAGGUCCUCAAUGCAGAAGACUGUAGUGCCGAAGAAGAGGAACUGGAAGAAGAAGAACCUGAAACACAGGAAAUCGACCUAAGAGCUUGUGGAACAUUGGAGGGGAGCCUUGCCCGAGUCGAGGCUCUGCAGGGGAAGACAUUUUCCCUGCCUGAUGGCUUUCUGAACGCCCAGCUGGAUGCUAACGAGCUGUUAGCUAUCCUUCGGCAGUGCGCUAACAGUCCGCAAGCUGAAGGGGAGGCCCGUCUUCAGCCUUUACGGGUUAAUGAGUACAAGCAAGAGCUAGCAUUGCGUUUUAAAGAGUUCCGGGCAUCCUGCCGACGAGUGGCAAGUGUCGAGAAGAGCCCGACACGUAUGCUUGCUGUGGUAACGGCUAGCUUUCAGGUGUUGUGUGACCUGACACAGACCUUUAUCAAGCUGGUCCGAGGUGUGCGCUCAGAGAAUCAAAGGCUACAGCUGCUAAGAAAGGUUGAAGAAGUGGCUAUCAACUAUACUUUGCUUCUACGCGCAGCAGAGGAGUCAAUGGGACAUUCAAGCAGCCUCCCAUCGAAAACCAUGAGCCCUCAAAUUUGCAGCACUAGUAACAUGAGCUCUCUCACUCGACCCAUCAAGACAUUACCCACUCCGUAAAGAUUAA